AACACACAGAGAGAGAGAGAGAGAAAGAGAUGUUUUGAAGUCUGAAGAUAGGGGAAAAUAGAAAGUGUAUCUAUCUAUCUAUCUCUUUUGCUGUUCCAGGAAAAAAAUUGGUUUCUGCUGUUGCUUGUUGCUGUACAGGAAGAAAUUAUCCAUUCUCUCCAAAGUGUAGGUAUAUAUAAUAUAUAUAGUAGGGGAGGUGGAGAUGGAGGAAUGAGAAGAAGUGAUAAUGGAAGAUGAUGAUGGGUUCACACCAAAUAGUAGCAGCAUGCUGGGAACUAGUACAGUUGAUUUCAGCCUCAUGGACGAGCUCUUGUACGAUGGAUUCUGGUUAGAGACUACUACUGAUGAAUCCAACUUCUGGCGCCCUUUUCCUACUCCUACCGAUCUUAACUCCUCUUCUUCCUUCUCCUUUCCUCCUUCUUCAGACAUUCAUACCAACAUACCCAGUUUCAACUCAAACCCACCCCACCCCACUUACUUGAAAGAAUCUGAUAACUCCAAUAUUUUUAGCCUCCCAUCUUCUCUCAAUUACCCACCACCCCCACCCCCACCCCCACCACCUCCACAAAUGGAUGGUUCUUCCCAAAACAAUGAACCCUCUGUUCCUUUAGACCAGUCGACGAGUUAUCAGGUCGAAGAUACACAAGUGAACAACAGAAGGAUGUGGGUGAGGCCAGCUAGAAAUCCAAUCCGCACAAUCUCAGUCAGGAAGAGACUAGUGCAGGCCAUUAAUCACCUUAAAGAUUCUAUAAGGGAUAAGGAUGUCCUUAUUCAGAUCUGGGUUCCUGUCAAGAAUGGAGGCAAACAAGUCCUCAGAACCAAUGAUCAACCCUUUGUCCUAACUGCAAACAGCAAGAAUCUUGCAGAGUAUCGUGAUGUUUCCCUCAACUAUCAGUUUGCAGCAGACGAAAACUCCAAGGAGCUUGCUGGCUUACCUGGCCGAGUUUUCUUGAACAAGUUACCCGAGUGGACCCCCGAUGUUCGUUUCUUCAAAAGUGAGGAGUAUCCACGUGUUAAUCAUGCCCAACAGUACAACGUUAGAGGAUCCGUUGCACUUCCAGUUUUUGAACAGGGCAGUGGUAAUUGCUUGGGGGUCGUUGAAAUUGUUACAACUAGUCAGAGAGUCAAUUAUCGCCCCGAACUUGAAAAUGUCUGUGAAGCUCUAGAGGCUGUUGAUUUGAAGAGUUCUAAUAUACCGAUUCCUCCCAAUGUUGUAGAGGUAAUGGAUGAUUUUUUAUUUGAAGUUUGGCAAAUCAAAAUUAUCUGCAAUUUGAAAUUUAUACAAAAAAGAUUCCAUAUUGCAAUUUAUCAGGAUGGCAAUGAAUCUUACCAAGAUGUGCUGAUAGAGAUCAGAAAUGUUUUGAAAUGUGUAUGCAACACCCAUAAAUUGCCUUUGGCACAGACAUGGGCUCCCUGCACUCAGCAAGGUAAAGGUGGUUGCCGCCACUCGGACGAGAACUACACACAUUGUGUUUCCACCAUUGACUCAGCCUGCUACGUGGCCAAUCAGCAAGUUUCCGGCUUUCACGAGGCAUGUUCUGAGCACCACUUGCUCAAAGGUGAGGGUAUUGCCGGCAAAGCUUUCCUGACAAAUGAACCCUGUUUUUCUGAGGACAUAACGGCUAUGAGCAAAACAGAAUAUCCUCUCGCACACCAUGCGCGCAUGUUCAAUAUGUGUGCUGCUGUAGCUAUACGGCUCAGAAGCACAUACACGGGGACUGCUGAUUUUGUUUUGGAGCUGUUCUUGCCGCUGAAUUGCAGAGAUGCUGAAGGUCAGAGACAGAUGCUCGACUCUUUAUCGUCUGUUAUACAGAGAACUUGCCAGAGCUUACGAGUGGUUACGGAUCAGGAGUUGGCUCGAGAAACUUCAGCCAGGGAGACAGGUGGCACUUUAGCUGGUGGAAAACGUCCAAAGUUGGUAGAUCCAACAUCCAAAGAAGCAUCUCCGAAUCCUUCAUCCUCGACAAUGCAAAUGAAAAUGAAUGAUUCCCAGCAAAAGGGCAAAGGAGUUGCUUUCACAUUGGGUCAUCACAAGGAGGAACCAACAGAGUUCAAUGUGUCAACCACCCAGUGGGAUAACUCAGGGUCGGAGUUCCAUCAAAUGCCAGCUUUCUUUGGGGAUGAGCAACACCAGCAGGACUCUGGGCCCAAACCAAGUCUUGAGAGUAGUGGAAACUUUUUCUUUGCUGGUGGGGAUCUUUCUGUUGGUUCUAAAACAAGCGCUGAAAAGAGAAGGACAAAGACUGAGAAGAGUAUUAGCUUGCAAGUACUUCGGCAAUAUUUUGCUGGGAGCCUAAAAGAUGCUGCCAAGAACAUAGGAGGUAUGAUGAUUGUUCCUUUCUUAGCUAAUAGUGCUUUGAGUUCUGAUUUUUUUUUGCUUUCUCUUGGUCCAGAUUUGUUGUCAAUCGAAGAUCUUUUCGAAAUUCUUCAUGAGUUUAGCAGGAUAAUAAACUUUAAAAAAUCUAAUUCCAGCUCUUUAACUACAUUUGCAGUGUGUCCAACGACUUUGAAAAGAAUAUGCAGACAGCAUGGUAUAACUCGAUGGCCUUCUCGGAAGAUAAAGAAAGUUGGGCACUCGUUGAAGAAACUUCAACUUGUGAUUGAUUCAGUCCAAGGUGCAGAGGGUUCUAUUCAGCUCAGUUCUUUCUACAACAACUUCCCCGAACUUGUCUCUCCAAAUGUACCAGGAAGCAGCCACUUAUCGACGUCAAAGAUGAGUGGUCAGGUGAAGACUCGGGCGGAUGGGACCUUGUUAAGUCCUACAACCACAGCUUCAAAAUCAUCUUCUUCCUCAGGCAGCCAUAGCUCAAGUUCAAGCUACUGUUGUUCUACUGGAGUGAAGCAGUCGUCUUUCCCUGUCAACGGCUCAAGCAGUGGAGAUGCUCUAUCAGCAGAACAGACUGAAGGGAUGAUGCUAAAAAGAGCACGGAGUGAUGCAGGAUUACAUGACUUGUUAGGCCAAGAAGAAACAAAGCUUUUAGUUCGAUCAUGCAGCCAUAAAUUCUUCAGCAACAAUGCUUCUGCUGAAGCUCCACCUGUGCCAGAGAAGAGCAGCAAGGCACCACAUGAUCAUGUCGAUACUUUCAGAGUAAAAGCUGCUUUUGGGGAAGAAAAGAUCCGUUUCAGUCUGCAACCACAGUGGGGUUUCAAAGAUUUACAGCAAGAGGUGUUUAGGCGUUUUAACAUAGACAAUGGCGGUAGAGUUGAUUUAAAGUACCUGGAUGAUGACUCCGAGUGGGUGCUUUUGACUUGCGAUGCUGAUCUUGAAGAGUGUAUAGAUAUACACAGAUCCUCCAAGAACAAAACAAUUAAACUCGCCCUCAAUCAAGCCUAUCAUCAUCCAAGUCUUGGAAGUUCAUUAGGAAGUAAUGGCCCAUACUAAAGUUGCCUUUUUCUUACCAUGAAUAAGAAGCUGUAACUGAUGGCGUGUCCGGUUCCUCAUUCUACAUUUACCAUUCUACGUGGUUAUCGAUCUUGGGGACAAGCAUGGUCGUAAGAAGCUAGAUAAUAGCAGUCACAGAGUGACAUUUCGUGUCUUUACUUUUUUUUUUUAAUGGUACUACAGUCGAUGAUACCUUCUACUGUACCAUAAUAUGUACAAAAGGUUACCCUCAAAGAUCUGUUUGUCAAAGCAAAGAAGAAGCGAUUGUAUAUUUUUU